UUCAAGGAUCUUUCAAAGAAAAUACAACACACAAAAUGUCGAUUGUUGCUACAAAAUGGAGCAGCAAAUCCCGCUCAGUUAAUGAUGACUGGACGACAAUUGUAACAGUUCAGGAGACUUUUGAAAAUCCUGAUGGAAGUACUGAUAUAAAGACCAGGGAAAUUGAAAUGGAAGGAAACCCGGACAAAGAAGCAAUAAAUGUUCGGGUUGAAUCCACUCAAGAAUUACAAGAGCCUUCCCUUAUUAAUCAGUCACCAGAAGAAUUUAUUAGAGAAGCAGUUGCAGAACAUAACGCACUACGGCAAAGACAUGGAGUACCGCCUCUGAGUAUUGCACAAGAUUUGUGUGACGUUGCUCAGAAAUGGGCAAAUUAUUUGAUAGAUAACAACAAACGUGGACACAGCUCGAACGGAUUUGGAGAAAACUUAGCUGAAAAGACAGGGAAUUCUCCUAAUUUAGAUUACGCAGGUAAGGCAGCUACCAAUUCUUGGUACAGUGAAAUAAAGAAUUACCAACAGUUCUUUGGAACAGAGCCACCAUCGUUUGAAGAAAUGGGAGGCAAAAUGUAUGGUCAUUUCACUCAAGUUGUAUGGAAAGGUUCACAGGAAAUUGGAAUUGGAAAGGCCAAAAAGAACGGCAGGGUUGUCAUAGUAGCCAACUAUAGACCGGCAGGAAAUCUUAUUGGCACAUUUGCGAAAAAUGUUUUUCCACCAAAUCAAUCAGUUCUACCCGGCAGUGUUGAAAGCACAACCAAUGGUACCCAACCCAGCAGUGUUGAAAGCACAAACAAUGGUACCCAACCCGGCAGUGUUGAAAGCACAACCAAUGGUAACCUACCCGGCAGUGUUGAAAGCACAACCAAUGGUACAUCUAAUAGUACAAAAAAUGACACAAGCAAUGAGUCAGAUUCAUCGGAUGCUCAUUCCGUCAACAUGUCGGUCAAGAGUAAGUCGACAAAAGUGAGAACAAACACUCAGAAGGUAAAUGGUAACACAAGUACAACUGUUAACGUAGAGGAGACGUUCACGUAUUCCGAUGGAAGCACACAGGUUAAAACUAGAGAAUUGGUAUUUGAUGGUCCCCCACCAUCUAAGGAACAGAUACAAGCUUUCGUGAACUCCAGUGAAGUUGAUGGGGAUGCUUUUAAAAAGCUGAGUCUCUCUUCGAAAUCUACUGAAUCAAAUGAGACUCUGCCAACUAAUAGUCAUCAAAAACCUCCACCCAAUACCAUAUCAACACAUGAACAACCACCCGGUUACUAUGCAGAACAAGCAUUAAAUGCACAUAAUGGAUUACGGGCUAAACAUGGAGUACCAGCAUUGACCUGUGCAGCCGACUUAUGUGCAAUGGCUCAAAAAUGGGCGGAUCAUCUUUUCACGAAUAACCUUACUGAACACAGUCCGAACGACCACAGGCCUGGAACUGGCGAAAACAUUGCUUACUUAAUGGGAACAAUGGCAGAUCUUGAUUAUCCAGCUGAAGAUGCUACAGAAUCCUGGUACAGUGAAAUAAAGAAUUACGGACCAUUCUAUGGGAAAGAACCGCCACCGUUUGGUCAGGUAUCCGCAUAUGGUCAUUUUACUCAAAUUGUAUGGAAGGAUACCAAAGAAAUGGGAAUAGGAAAAGCAAAAGGAAACGGUCGUGUCGUGGUUGUUGCUAAUUAUAGACCAGCGGGAAAUUUUAUUGGUAGCUAUUCACAGAAUGUCUUUCCUCCUCGUUAGCAGCAGUUUAAACAUACCUUUUCUAUGGAUGUUGUAGGCAGCGAUUAUACAUUUUUUUGUUCUUUUUUCAGUUGUAUUGUAUAUUGAAUUUAUAGUAUUUUUGGUAUGGUAUAUGCAUUAAAUCAAAGGAUUUAUUAUAUAUUUUAUCAGAACAAACAUGUCGUAUUAAAUUUAGGCUGUUUGGUUGUUUCCAGUUAGUUUAACUAACAUCAAGACUUUAUAACGAACUACAAUUUAAAAAUAGCAUUACUGUAUUUGACGAGUCUCCACUGUCAAAUUCUCAAUUGUAGGACACUAACUGUCAGAUUAGAAAAUUCAUAGCAUUAACAACUUCGAAGGGUAGUCACUAUGUUAUAUUAUUUAGUCCAAGAUAAACCUACCCUACUUAAAUAUUAUGCCUGUGGUCAUUUCGAUGUAAGAUUUAGUUUGAUAAGCAAUGGACAAAUAUUGCGGUUAGUUAGCAAAUAUGUUUUAUUUGUUGCCUAGGAACAAAAAAGAGAUAGGUUACAAAAUUGUUAUUUUUCGAAAAAUUUUAAUUAUCAGUGAGCUUUUUUUAUUUGACAUUUGCAACAUUUACUAUAAAGUGUUAAAGAUAAGAAAACAUAAAUUACAUUUUCAUUGUAUUCUUCUUUACUAAAUUUGACACAUGAAACACUUAUUUUCUAUCGCAUAUUGUUUAGCCUGUUUUUGCAUUUUGAAAGAUAUUGUUCUGAAAAUAUAAUAUUCGGAGAUAUGUUUCAGAUUAAAUUUACUUUCUUCUAAAUAAAAAGAGAUAUGGUUUGUUUUA